AUGCAACUUUUUAUUCGAUUUCUAUCAAUUCUCACUAUUCUGGUAGUGGUUACUGUAGCUGGAAAGAUUCCAAAGAAUUCCGAUUCCGAGAAAUUGACGACUACAACGGAAUUAUCGAAUCUACAAAUUCAAGUCAACUCUCCGAAUGGGGCGGGCUUUGUGCAUUCAGCGCUGCCAAUAGAAGCACGUGCUCUGGGAGCCCGUCUACAUGGAGGGAAGUCGAAACCGACGAUCAAUGAUGAUGUUCUGAUUCCGUUUGAUGAUCCGGAUUUCCAGUAA